AUGGCUGCUUCUUCUCCUAUUAAGUGUCGCCCCUUGGCAAAUUAUCAUCCAACUGUUUGGGGAUAUCAUUUCCUUUCUUAUACUCCUGAAAUUACUAACCAAGAAAAAGUUGAAGUUGAUGAGUACAAAGAAACAACCAGGAAAAUGCUGGUGGAAGCUCCAGAGGGUAGUGAACAAAAACUUGUGUUGAUAGACACAAUGCAACGAUUGGGAGUGGCAUAUCAUUUCGAUAAUGAAAUUGAAACAUCCAUUCAAAACAUUUUUGAUGCUUCCCAACAGAACGAUGACAACCUUUACGUUGUUUCUCUUCGUUUUCGACUUGUGAGGCAACAAGGCCAUUACAUGUCUUCUGAUGUCUUCAAGCAAUUCACCGAACAAGAUGGAAAAUUCAAGGAAACGCUUACUAAUGAUGUCAAAGGAUUAUUAAGUUUGUAUGAAGCAUCACAUCUAAGAGUGCGUGAUGAGGAGAUUCUUGAAGAAGCUCUUACCUUUACCACUACUCAUCUCAAGUCUAUUGUCUCCAACUUGAGCAAUAACUCUCUUAAGGUUGAAAAAUUUGCUAAAUUGGAUUUUAACAUGCUGCAAAAGUUCCACCAAAGAGAGCUUAGUGAGCUUACAAGGUGGUGGAAAGAUUUGGAUUUUGCAAAUCAAUAUCCAUAUGCAAGAGACAGAUUGGUUGAGUGUUACUUUUGGAUAUUAGGAGUGUAUUUUGAGCCAAAAUAUAGUCGUGCUAGAAAAAUGAUGACAAAAGUACUCAAGAUGACCUCCAUUAUUGACGACACUUUUGAUGCUUAUGCAACCUUUGACGAACUUGUGACUUUCAAUGAUGCAAUCCAGAGAUGGGAUGUUAAUGCAACCGAUUCAAUACCGCCAUAUAUGAGACCUGCUUAUCAAGCUCUUCUAGACAUUUAUAGUGAAAUGGAACAAGUGUUAUCCAAAGACGGUAAAUUGUACCGUGUAUACUAUGCAAAAUAUGAGAUGAAAAAGUUGGUGAGAGCCUAUUUUAAGGAAGCCCAAUGGUUAAAUGAUGCUAACUAUAUUCCAAAAUAUGAGGAGCACAUGGAGAAUUCACUUGUAAGCGCUGCCUAUAUGAUGGCAUCAACAACUUCCUUGAUCGGUAUGGAGGAAUUUAUAUCGAAAGACACUUUUGAAUGGUUGAUGAAUGAGCCUUUGAUAGUUCGAGCUUCCUCAUUGAUUAGCAGAGCAAUGGACGAUAUUGUUGGACAUGAAGAUGAACAAGAAAGAGGACAUGUAGCUUCAAUUAUUGAAUGUUACAUGAAAGAGUAUGGAGCUUCAAAGCAAGAGACUUACAUUAAAUUUCAGAAAGAGGUCACCAAUGCAUGGAAGGACAUAAACAAAGAAUUAUUCCGUCCAACUGAAGUACCAAUGUUUGUCCUUGAACGAGUUCUAAAUUUCGCACGUGUGAUAGACACAUUAUAUAAAGAGGAAGAUGGAUACACCAACGCCAAAGGCAAACUUAAAAACAUGAUUAACUCGAUACUGACUGAAUCUGUCAAAAUAUAAAUAUAAUGAUGAAAUUGCACCUUCAUCAAUCAAAUAUUAAGA